AUGUCUGAGGAUGAACACUCGGAUGCUCCAGUCGAUCGGACGGCGGCUGGGCGACCCGAGCAAGCACGCCCCUCGACCUCGACCUCGAUCUCGUCAACUACCUCGCACCCACCCGCACCAGCACCAACCUCAACCUCGGCUUCGACCUCCCAACCAGCCUCCUCGUCCGCCGCAUCGACCUCCUCCAACACCACCUCGACUUCAGCCUCGAAGCGCAGGGAUCGCUCCACGUCACGCUCGCGUCAGCCAGCUUACGUCUACGCGGUCCUGCUCGUCGCCUUUGACCAUCUCCAAGGUCCCAUCAUCGAGUUCGGCUACCCACAAGCCUUCGCCGACGACGCUUACCUCAACCGCAACCUCCCCUUUCUCGCACUACCCGAUGGCGCGCAUGCCGUACGCUGAACCGGUUCCUGUCUUCACCACGAUCAUUGAGCUGACACACUCACAAACCACGAUCACACAGAGAGAAGAGGACUACUCGUACUUCCACAUGCUCAACCCUUCGAUCGCCCCGGAAACCCUGUUCGGCAUCUCGUGCAACCGCCAGAUACAGGCCGACGAACUGCUCAAGAAGGGCAAGGACGUCACCCGCUCGACCGUACAAAAGGCCAUCGUCGUCCUCGCCAACAAGGUGGGCUCGAACGACGACAUCUUUGUUGUAGGAUGGGAAACUCGCUGAUGCUUUAUGUAUUGGAUCGUUCAUCACAGCCCAUCUUUGGACCGUUGAGGGACAAGCUAGGUGUCAUCACCCGUACCUUCUUCGCCCAGCGCAACUUUGAGGACAAGUCCAUACUCGUCGAUCUCUAUUCGUCGUUCGAGAUUCAACAACCUUCACCCACCUCGUCGCCUAAACUGAGCGAGGGGGAGGCUCAGGAGAGGGAGGAUGCGGGCAUGUACAUGGGUAGGUUCACCCGUCGACCUUCACCUUGCUUACCGGUCGCCUCGUUGCUGAAAAUUUGAGCCUUGCACAGGCACCUCGUUGAGGGAACUCGUAUACCGGUUCAGGAGCAAGACGUUGAUGUUGGUUAAACUGCUGAUGCUGCAGAAGAAGGUGCGCCCAGCCCGUCAUAGCAUUGGAACUGUCAGCAGACUGACACGAUCGACGCUAUGCAGGUCAUGUUCUACGCUGCGCACUCACCGGUCGAGACGCUGUGCACGAUGCAGUAUUCCCUCGUCGCUCUCAUACCCUGUCAGUGACUUCGAUCAUCGCUACCUGUAUGGUGCCCGGCUCAAGAGCUGACCCACGCGCUUCUUCAUAAAAGCUCUCCUCACCCAUCUCGACGACGCUUCAUCGCCCGACCUCGAUGCCUUGGCGCAAACGCUCACCAAGCCCACAUCACUAAAGACUUCAGAUCGGUCAAGUCUGGUGCGCUAUCUUGGAUUGCCCCUCAACAUAUUCGGCAAGGUGAGUGCCUCUCGUGUUGAUUUACCAGUCCGCGCGUCGACUGACGGAGGUGGACGCACGCAGGGCUCCUUCUUCCAACCUUACCUCCCCCUGCAACAAAUCGACCUCUUACAAGCCCGUUCCUUCCUCGUCGGUACGACCAACUCGAUAUUCCAACAACAACGCGACUCCCCUAUCGACGUACUCGUCCGCCUCGAGUCCGCAACUCUCGAAGUGCUCGAUCCUAAAUUAUCGUAUCUGAUCUCGUUGACCGCGGCGGAUCGGAAAUGGAUGGACGAGAUCGUCUCGACGGUGGAUAAUUCCUAUGAUCCUACCGAUCCUUCGAGACCCGUAGGGAUGAACUUUAUCGGGAGUGAGGACUUUUUGAGGGCAAAGUUCGAGGUGCGUUCCUGGUUGAGACUGAUGAACGUGAUGCAGAUUUACUGACCAGGCAUUGUGAGGCAUAUAGGAGUACAUUUGCUCUUUGCUGGCGUGCAUCAAGUUUACAGAGUUCCUGAAGCAAGGGGAUAAAGGACAGACUCUGUUGUCUGGAAAUGGUGAGGCGGUGUACAGCAGAGUGAAUUUGGGUGGAUUAGGGCCUGAAACGAACACUCUCCACAGAAAUGGCUUCUUACAACGUCGAAUCGUUCAACGAUCUCUUUGUCCGCGCCUUCAAAGCCACACCGGCCUUUGCCGUAUGGAACCGCACGACGGACGACGCCAUCUUUGAUCUCGUCGAGCCCAAACACCCCAUGGAGGGGAAGACGAACCCCAUCGAAGACGUCGGUAUCCGGCUAGCCCACGGAUUGCACGACCUCCACCUCCCCGAGAACCUUGCGCCUACGAAAGAGAUGAUCUCACGCGGCGUUCAACAAGGGAGCGAAUCGAUUUGGGGCGCUUAUUCGUUCCUCAAGUCCGAUAUCACGAAACGACAAAAAGAAUACAAUGAACGACGGACCAACUCGAUCAGUGGGUCGAUCCCCGCCUCACCGCCUGUGUUGGAUAUGGCGGGAAAUACUUUACUGGCUGGUGUGGACGUCGCCAAGACGGGUGUCGCGACCGUCGCAACUGGGAUAGGAUCCUUUUUGGCUUCGAGGAGAGUUUCGGGCUUGUUCUCCGGUCCCAAGAGCCCGACAACAACGACGAAUGAAUCAAAUUCCCGUUCAUUAACCGGAACACCGAGGCUAGCGACCCAACCCCCUUCCCCCCUGGAUCUCAGAAAAACGACCGAUAGCUCGUCGAACUUGUCUCCUUUCCUCGGGUCAGGAGCAAGCCCAGCACCACCUGGGUCGGGCGCGAGUUUGUUACCUUCCCCUGGGAUCUCGGGGUAUCUGAGACCUUUAUCCACGGCUUCGUCGGCCACUACACCACCACUUACACCUCCGAUCGCAGGUGGUUCGAACCACGCCACUCCUGCUGCCGAAGGAGGAGCAGGAGGUUUUUUCUCCUCCGUCAACCCCUUAUCCCUCUUAUCCCGCGCACGAUCUCCCGAAAUCACCACCUCCACCUCCACAUCCUCCACCUUCCCUCCCACACCCUCCGACCGCCCUACUCCACCCAAGGAGCUCGAACUAGGCCAAGAACUCAUGCCGCGCGACCUCGACAAAGAAUACGCCGCCAAACAAGCUCGAUCCGAACGUCGUCAAUCAGCGAAGAUCGUACCUGUACAAUUGGAACUCGAUGAGGGGGUGGUGGAUGAGGAGAGGUUGAAGCAGUUGGAACAGAUGACGGACGAGGAAUUGACCAGGGCCGGAGUGCCUGGUGCUGUGGGAGCUGGGAUAGGGGGUAGUGCGAAGGUCAAGGGGGUCGAGGUUCCUACGGCACCCAAGUUGGGGGGAGGGGAAUGGGGUUGA